UUACUUUUGGGGUUAAGAGCCCUGUGGUCUUUGUGAUAGCCAGUAUAAAUUCAGUUGUCAUUUCAACAGACCAGACAUACAGCUCAGACCCGAAGGAACUGAGACAAUGAAGUCCUUGGCUGUUGCCCUGCUACUUUGUGCUGUGCUUCACCUUAGCCAGCCUGGCUGCUACCACGUGGAACUGACAAUGAAACCAGGCAUGAAUCCCAAGCUGCUGACUCAUUGUGAGGACCCCGUGGAUAAGACUCUCCACGAGAUGGGCUCACGCUGGAGGAACUCCAAGUGCCAAGACUGCACGUGUGGCAGAUGUUGUGAUGCGUACUCCACACCGGUCAGGUUCCCUGAUGACUGCAUGAAGGAGUUUGACUGGGAGAACUGUGAAUACAAGGUGUUUAAGAAGAACGACCACACCCAGCCUUGCCCUAUCUUUGGUGCAACUGGGAAGUGAGGCUCCUUUGAGAAUUUGGGUCAAUGGCUACACAACAUAAACCAGGGCAAUAAAAGAUUACCCCAAAUAAAACAGUUUUUGCUCAUUUUCAA